AUGGCGCCAAUCAUCCUUCACCGUGCAUUGUCCUUCUCUAACCCGCGGCUUCAUCGCCGUGAUGUGUCACCAUUACAGGACGCCUCGGCUGUGUCCAACAGACCUGAAGGCCUGGCAUUAUUGACGACAAUUGCUGAGGGCACUGACUGCUGCAAUCCUAGUCCUCCAUUGCCAAACCACUCGGCUUUGGAGAGAAGUCUCACCAGCAAGAUCCUCCGGCUGAGAGAGGUUCUGGAUCUGCCAUGUCAAAGUUCAAGCGACAUAUUGGAUCAGUUGCUUCUGGAUACCCUGGGGGUUCUGAAGAUUGCAUAUCCCAAAUGUUUAUCAGGUCUAUCAGGAAAUCAUACAUCUUCUGUACGGGAGGGUCUUGUUCAGCUCCAUAGGGUCCUCAUGUUGGACCAGGAUUGUGACUCAAAAAACAAGCAAUUUCCAAGCUCAGGCUCUGAGAAGCAAACAAUCAUAGGAAGCGAGAGCUUAGAUCAUGUAGGUGAGCGUGUCAUUGAGAUGAUUGAUCAGGUGACUCCAGUGGUGAAAGAAAUGUUCAGUUUCAUGGAAAGCUCCAGUUCUGCAACGGCAGCAUCUUCAUCAUCAGCUUGGCCUGAGGAUCUCCCAGAAAGAAGGAGCCUCCCUCCUGUUCUCUGUCGCACUAGAUCUCCGGCGAAUCGCGGAAGUGCCAGCCAUCGUCCAUCAGACGGUGACGAGGUUGCGAUGCCUCGCCAAGACGGCACAGCUAGGCACACAGGACAUUGCAAAGUUCGGACACCGGCGCCUGGGCUGGAGGAGGAUGGGCAAACCAGCAGCAGCAGGCAUGAACCACCGUCAACUCCUAGUCCUACUGUUGACUCUUUACCACUGCAGUCGACGCCGUCGUCGGUGUCCCCACAUCUGUCGGCGCCGCCACCGUCCCCCAUGCCCGUUGUUGGCUUGCCCAUGCUUCUGCAAUCCUGGGGGGUAAUGCAAGAUGGCCACGCCGCCGCAGCAGUUGUGCCACCUACAGUCGUCGCACAGCCUUCUGAGGCAGCGCCGACGACGGCACCGAGAGACACCACGCCCGUCAGCACCAGCAUGGAAGGCUCUACGAGCUAUGCAUCACUUGAAGCUGGUCAGCCAUCCAUGGAUUCACCUUCACCCAAUGGGAGUACGCAGCCAUUAGUGCAGGACAGCAAUGCCAUUGUGCCAAACGUGCCGCCGCCGCCGCCGCCACUACCGGCUCACAGAGACUGUUCGCUUUGCUGGAAAGAUUUGUUGGGAGACCAAAACACCGUUCGUUCGCUGAAACAGUAUGUAUCAUGCAACAAGCGAACAGGGCCAGAAUUUCAAGAGGUGCCGUCUACGGACGAACCCGGGCGGGCAGUGCCAGACGCAGCACCUCCGCCGCCGUCUGAAGUGCAAGGAGGACCACCUGCACUGCCGGCCGCCAAGGUUUCGCCAGCGCCGCCGCCGCCGCCCCCUGGAAGCAUCUCCGCAGCGGUGCGCGCUAAGAGAGCUGCGACCAAGCUGAAACGAUCGACGCAGAUGGGCAGCCUGUACAGACGCCUGCGUGACAGAGUGGAAGGCUCUGGCAGCACGCACGGCGGCAAGAGGCGGCAGAACGGCAAGAGGCCCCGGAGAGCGGGCGCGCCCAAGAGCGACACCGGCCAGGGCAUGGCCGAUGCAUUGGCCGAGAUGACCAAGAGGUCGGCGUACUUCCGGCAAAUCGAAGAGGACGCGGAGAAGCACGCGGCAGCGAUCCUGGAGCUGAAGGGCGCCAUCGGCUCGUUCCAGUCCAAGGACAUGGCCGAGCUGGUGAGGUUCCAUCAGCACGUCGAGCAGCAGCUGGUGUCCCUGACCGACGAGACACAGGUGUUGGCCAGGUUCGAGGGCUUCCCUUCCAAUAAGCUGGAGGCGUUGAGGAUGGCGGCCGCGCUCUAUUCCAAGCUGGACGGCACCGCCUUGAGGCUCAAAUGCUGGAAGCUCACCACCGGCCCCGUCUCGCCGCAGCUCGACAGAGUCGAGAGCUACUUCAACAAGGUCAAAGACGACGUGGACAUGGUGGAGCGGAACAGAGACGAGGAGACGAAGCGGCUGCAGUCCCACGGCGUCCACUUGGACUUCGGCGUGCUGGUCCGGAUCAAGGAGGGCAUGGUGGACCUGUCGUCCGCCUGCAUGGAGCUCGCCUUGAAGGAGAGCCAGGACGCCAGAGAGACGACGACGACGACGCGUGCGCUGUGGGCAAGCAGCCAUGGCGAUGGGGCGUCGAGGAUGCUGUGGCGGGUGUUCCAGCUGGCCUUUCGGGUGUACAGCUUCGCCGGAGGCCAGGACGAGCGGGCGGACAGGCUGACGAGCAUCCUGGCGCACGAGAUCGAGGCGCGGCGCCUGUAA